AUGGCAACAACCCGCACAGGUAUACCAACAGCAAGCCUAAAACCACGCUCUUGCUCCCCACCAUCAAUACCAAAACCUUCCCUCAAACGAACAAACACAACUCAAUCCUCGCCAAAACUCCCACCACCACCACAUUUACUCAACGAAAAACUCACACUCCCCUCCGGCCAAACCUUAGGCUACGCAAUCUACAACCCCCAACCACCGCAAUCCGCAUCAUCCUCUACCAAAACAAGCUCCAAGCCCCUAAUCUACCUGCACGGCUACCCCUCCUCCCGCCUCGAAGGUCUAAACUUCAACACCUGGCCAAAAAAGCACAACUUCACCCUAAUAAUCCCCGACAGGCCAGGCUUCGGCCUCUCAAGCCCAGAUCCAUCCCGGACACUCCUCUCCUGGACAAAUGAUAUUCGCGCAUUGAGUCAUCACCUGCAUCUAUCUAGUUUUUAUAUCCUGGGUUGUUCGGGUGGAGGUCCGUAUGCGCUUUCUUGUGCGCAUGCGUUGCCUGGGGAUAUGCUUUUGGGUGUGGGUGUUAUUGCGGGAUCGCCGUCUUGGUAUACUAGCACGGAUGUUGGAAAAGCGUCCUUGAAUGCAAAGGAUGUUACGUUGAGUAGGCGGGUUUUGGCCUGGGGGAGUCUUUCUUGUCCGGGGUUUAUUGAGCGGGUUGUGGAUGGUGUACUUGGAUGUUUGAGGUGGGCUGUUAAGACGGAGUUUGUGGGUGGGUUGAUUGAUCGGUGGAUUGAGGGUGUGAAACAGCAACCACAAGAACAAGAACGACACAUCGAAGAAGGCAGCGAAGGAAAUACACGUUCAACUGGAUCCGAAAAACCAAAUCCCAGUUCAAGUUCCAGUCUAGAGGAAAGGGACUUCCAAAAGCAAGAUCCACCCGAAACAGACGAACUAUCACUAUCAAUCACAGAAGCCCGAAACAACCUCCUAUCAUCCUCCCUCGAAGCCUUCACGCAAGGCUCACGCGCCACAAUCCAAGAAGCUCGACUACUCUCUCAACCCUGGGGCUUUGAACUGGAAGAUAUACGGUAUGACGGGAUUAAGAUCUGGCAUGGCGUUCGGGAUAUAAAUGCGCCGAUAAGUAUGGUGCGGGAUAUGGUGGAACGGUUACCGGAAAGUACUGUUUUUACAGAAAUCGAUGCGGAUCAUUAUUCUAUGGGUUAUUUUUUUGAAGAUGCUUUGGUUGGAUUGUUGGACUCAGGGGGGGGGGGGGAUCUCAAGGGACUUGAAGGAAGACAGGGAGUCGAGGACAUAGAAUCCUAA